AUGGGCAUCCUCACUUGGCUCGCCAUACCUCUUAAGUCGCUCUGGCUACUCACCGUCCCCGCCACCGCCAGCGUUCGCAUGCUCUACCGCGUCAUUAGCAUCGGCGUUUUCCCCUGCAAAUCGGUGUUCUCAUCCAGAUCUCGCCCCAAACAACAGCCUCCUCCAUCCGUCACUGGCCGGGUACUCGCUGUUAAGCUCCGAAAGUCCCAGUUGUCUUCCUUCACGGCCGCGCCUCCCCCGUGCGACUCUGCUAUCAUUCCUCCCGGCGCCAGUGCCCGAACUGCAACCGAAGCCUGGAACUCCGACGGUCGCCCUUUCUUCUAUACUCUCAAAAUCAAUCGCGUGAACGUCAUGGCUGCUCAACGGUCAUGGGAGUGUAUACUUUCACGGUUACGCAACUCUACGAACGGCGAGAUUGACGACGCUUUUAUCAGUCAGCUUGUCGCCCACACCGAGACUCUCAAGGAUCACUUGUACGUUUACGGCGAUAUAUACGCUAUGAUGUCGGCUGUGAAGACGGCCAAUCGCCUGUACCUUGCUCAGCAAGAAAGCGCUCUCGAGACGUUGCUUGAGGCGGAGGCACAUGCUGUUCAGUCUGCCGCCGAGCAGGAGCUGGAGAUGGCCGCCUUAGUCAACGCCUAUCGCGCUUUUCGUCAGAAGCACGCCGCGUUCAACUCGCUCUCGCAGCCAUCUUCGCCGAGUCCAUCUCAGAACCUGGGUACACCGAACUCGCCCACCCCCGCCCCAGCCUUUGCUGGUCUCGGCCACACUCUAACUAUUGCCUCUCCCUCCGGCGGUAUUGGCGAUGACGACCUCCUUCUUACCUCUGUCGUUAAUGGGCGCACCAUGACAGUUACCGAGGCCAUCACCGAGUUCAAAACUGUCAACGCCGAGGCCGCCGCCCGCCACCGGGUCUCCACUUGCGCAAGGUACGGCACUGCCCAGUUGCGCAUGAUAGUGCGUGAGGCAGACAUCGAUCUGACGAUCGUCUUGGCCCUCCUCGACCUGUGCAAAGGCUUAGAAAAGCCGGCCUUAUCGUGUCUUGAGGAAGCGCGCCUUCGGAGGCCUCAUCUCUUCUCCUCUGACGACCUCGACCUCGAUCCUGGGGCACGUUCAUUCUCCGACAUCACCGCGGCCAUGGCUACCUACCUGGGGACUGUCCAGGCCAGGAAGGUCCCAUUCCCAUAG